CCUCACAAUAAUUUCUAUUCUCCUUUCAAUCCAUAAUCCAAUGAAGUUUUCUCUGGUUCUCCUUUUUGCUUCAUCUCUCUUCCUCCAUGGAACCACCGGUGAGAUUUUAUGCGAGGAUUUGACAAAGAAUAAUUGCUCAUUUGCAAUCUCAUCUUCUGGAAAGAGAUGCGUGUUGGAGAAUUUCGAAGAUAAGAAAGGAAAAGUGGAAUAUCAAUGCAGAACAUCGGAAGUGGUGGUGGAGAUAUUAUCAGAGUACAUCGAGACAGACGAAUGCAUUAGAGCUUGUGGCGUUGAUAGAAACGCUACAGGUAUUUCAUCCGACACUUUGCUCGAUAAAAAAUCUAUCGUCACACUCUGCUCACCUGCGUGUUAUCAGAAAUGCCCUAACAUCAUCGAUCUUCACUUCAAUUUGGCCCUCGGUGAAGGAGUAUCGUUGCCGGAUUUGUGUGAACAACAGCGUAGCGACCCUGAUUGUAACAUGAUCGAUCUUCUAAGCUCGAGUGCUGCAAGUGGUCCGGUGGGUAGUGGAACGCAUCGCCUGUUUAGUGCAGCACCAGCCCCUUUUUCGUUCUAAGACAUUUGGUUAUAUAUUGUGUUGGUGUAUACAUCCGAUAUAUACGUGUGUGUGUGUGGGUUGUUUGAAAUUUUGUAAUAGAUUGUUAUCUGGCGGAAUAAUUAGCAAACUAGAGAAAGUAAAUAGACGC